AUGUUCGCCGGAUUCGCUUCUUUCAAGGACUCCUGGUUGCAAGUGUUUCCACCGCAGCCCGAGUUCACCGAGUCAGACUUACCCGACCUGGCGGGCAAGGUAUACAUCGUCACGGGAGCAAACUCCGGCCUCGGCAAAGACCUUUCGGGCAUACUUUACUCCAAGAAUGCCAAGGUUUAUGUCGCUGCCAGGUCAAAAGCAAAGGCUCAAGUUGCGAUCGACUCAAUCAAGACAGCGCAUCCGCAAUCGAAAGGCGUCCUUGUCUACCUCCACCUUGAUCUAGGCGACCUAUCUGCUAUCAGGCCCUCUGUGGACGAGUUUCUGUUGCGGGAAUCACGACUUGAUGUACUCUUCAACAACGCCGGGGUGUUGGCUCCUGCCGAUGGACCCAAGACAGAGCAGGGCUACGAGCUGAACUUGGGAACAAAUACUAUUGGGCCGUUCCUGUUCACAAAGCUUCUCCUUCCGACGCUUAUCAAUACGGCAAAAAUCAGCCCCAAAGAUUCUGUACGCGUCAUCUGGGUCUCUUCCAUCGCCGUGAACCUGUCACCGAAAUAUGGUCUGGAUAUUGAGAACUUGGACUAUCAUAAGGACCAAUCAACCGUUACCAAAUACGCAAUUAGCAAAGUUGGUAACUACCUCCAUUCGGUAGAAGUAGCGAGGAGGCAUGGUGCGGAAUCAGACGGCGUCGUGAGCGUCGCUCUGAAUCCCGGCAAUCUCAACACCGAACUGACGCGAAAUCGUUCAUGGCUCGAGACCAAAUUCCUUCGCACCUUCAUCCUUUAUCCACCCAUUUAUGGGGCAUACACGGAGCUCUUUGCUGGUUUCUCGGCACACCUGACGGUCGAAGCUUUGGGCCAUGGGGCCGCUUUUGUCAAAUGCGAGAGGAUAUAG